UACUACGUGCAAAUGUGAUUGAGGAUAAACUUGUUGCUGUUGAGUUGGCAGUUUGGCUGUAGCGUGCAUUACUUUCGCUGCCUGCCAGGUUUCUCUUCAAGAGCUGAUUUCACCUGCACUUUAUGUGUUUCAAAUUUUAGCAUAUGAACAAAUUUAAAAGUCAGUAGUUUGCUGGCGGCUCCGUUGUGAUUUUACGCGGUCGCCACACAGUGUUGCAGCAGCAAUUCGUGUUUCCCCUCAGUCCUCUUUAGCUAACCAGCUGCAUCAUUUCAAGCUGUGCUUUGGUCAGCGUUUAGAUAUUUAGUGGUUUUUGUUUGGAUAUUUUCAGUUGUGCUGGAGGGACGGAUGAGGCCGUUGUCAUGACGCUGAGGAGAGUAAACGUGGUCAUCCUUGUGCUGCUGGCUGUGGCCUUCCUAAUCAUAGUUCAACGAAAUCUUCUCAGCCUCAGUGACUUUUUACACAAAGAAAACCCAGAUGCAGGCAUGAUUCUUCCCUUUGAAUCCGAGUUGUCUCCAGACAUCAGACUAGAGGCGGCGAGGAAAGGAGAGGAGAUCCCUGUCCUCAUUACAGCUGCUGAAGAAAGACUUGGCGCUGUGGUUGCUGCCAUGAACAGCAUCUACCAAAACAGUAAAGCCAGUGUAGCUUUCACCAUUGUUACCCUGAAUGACACCGUGGAUCACCUAAAAGUGUGGCUCAGUAAGACAAAGCUAAGGGAUGUCAAAUACAAGAUAGUCAUUUUCAAGCCUGAGUUCCUCAAUGGGAAAAUAUCUAAAGAUCCACAAACGCUGGAGGCUGCAAGACCGUUGACUUUUGUCAGGUUUUAUCUACCCGUAUACAUACCUGAGGCAGAGAAAGCCAUUUAUUUGGAUGACGAUGUCAUUGUACAAGGGGACAUUCAGGAGUUAUAUGAAACCAACCUCAAACCAGGACACGCAGCUGCCUUUUCAGAUGACUGUGAUUCAGCAUCUGCUAAGGGCAUCGUUCGAGGGGCUGGAAAUCAGAACAACUAUAUAGGUUUCCUGGAUUUCAAAAAGGAAGCAGUCAAGAAGCUGGGAAUGAGGGCCAACACCUGCUCCUUCAAUCCUGGGGUCAUCAUCGCCAACCUGACUGAGUGGAGGAACCAGAACAUCACCGGACAGCUGGAGCACUGGAUGGAGCUUAACAAGCAGGAGGAUCUGUACAGCAAGACGCUGGCAGAGAGUGUCACCACCCCCCCACUCCUCAUUGUUUUCUACAAACGUCACUCCACCAUCGACCCCAUGUGGCACGUCAGGCACCUUGGCACUACUGGGGCUGGAAACCGCUAUUCCAAUCAGUUUGUGAAAGCUGCCAAACUCCUCCACUGGAACGGACACUAUAAACCUUGGGGGAGAACAUCCUCCUUUUCCGAUGUGUGGGACAAGUGGUUCAUUUCAGACCCCGCAGGAAAAUUUCAUCCUGUGCGGAGACAUGUAGGGGACAAAUAGAUAGAAAAGUUGUUUUAAAGAACUUUCAACCAGUGAAGUUGCAGCAGAACCGCCACCUCGUGAUACCUCAGGAACUAAGUAAGGCCUUUUCCCUUGACAGUGCUGUACUUGAGUUCUGACAUCCUCUGAACAUGUAGACCUGUGUACUCUCACAUUCCCUCCAGCACACAGAGUUGACUUUUUAUUUCUAUACCCACUGCUUCUUAUUCUUGCUUGGAGCACGCUAAUAUUUUUACAUUUCUUUUGUCAGUGCCCUUGAGAUUGCUUUGACGCGUGCUUCUCAAAAUGUUCUGAUAAAGUGUUGAAAGCAGAUUAUUUCAGUAGAGGGGCACAGUGUUUUCCUCCUUGUAGGUAAGAGCCGAGAUCACAUUGUUGCUUUGAAGGGGUUGGACCUUUUUAAUAGACAUGUAUGCAUCAGUCUCAGCAGUAAUGAGAUACUUUGAGUGACCAAGUGUCAAGACAACCUUGUACAACUUAAGCCAUUGUCAAGGUAACAAUGGCUUAAGUAGCUAUGUUUACAUGCAGCUGAAUACUAAUUUACUUCAUUUACAUAUUAUAGAGUUUAUACAGUUACCUCAAAUUUAAUGGUGCAGCAGUUGAAACUGCAGUUUAACUAAUUCAAACACAUUUCCCUCCCACAUUAGUUUAGUCUGAGUUUUAAUUAUUUCAGCCAGUCAUUACCUCAAUUCAGUAUUCCCUGUGGUAAAGUAAAGGAGUGCUGAUAUUACUUUCUUUUUUUGAAAUACUUUUUUUUUAAAUACUUAAGUGUACAUAGGUUCAUCGGUCAGAUUUGAACAGUGCUUCAUGCUUGGUUCAGCAUUUCCAUCAGACAGAGAAUGCCACUUGUCUGUCCCUCCUAUAAAUGAACUAAAUGCACACUAGUUCAGUACUGUGCUGCCUCACUGAACUGUCACAUUGUGGUUUUUCAUGACUUUAUAAUCAGACCACUAAGCAAACUGCACCCCUGCAGAAAUCGAAGAACAUAACAUUUGCACAAAGUUCUCAUACUUUAUCCCGCAACAGGAUUUUUAUACACAUCGAAGCUCUCGCCUUUCUGGUGUACAUAUUUGUCAUCUUUUGUAAAGUACAUGAAAUAAAACUUACAUUUUUAUCAUUUAAA